AUGUCUCGUCUGGAAUUGCGAUGGCAAGGGGAUUCACAUUGGUGGCUAGAUGGACCUUCCGUUGACUUAUUCGCUCAAGCGAUGACCAGAGUUCCUAAUGAUUUGAAAGAUCAUCUCCUCUCUGGCCCUGUACUCUCAGACUUGUUUUUCGCCUUAUGGUUCGAAUCAAUAAACGGGCUUACUGUUUCUGGCGCCAGCGUCGUCUCCUAUGUCAAAGCAAAUGCACCUCGCGCGGCCAGGCCGGCAGACAAAACCGAUCCACCUCCGCCUGAGCGUAAGCGAUCAAAACACGACACACUCAAAUCGAUCGCAGAUGUAAAGGCAGAUCCGAAACUAUUUGAAGCAGCCAUCCAAGGAUUGAAGCAGUACAGAGCCAGCCCGAUGAAUGCCCAAUCAGCCGGCGUGAAACCUCAGGAUUCUCGUGAUGUUGACGCCCCAUGCACCCUUACCUGGUGGAAUCAAACAGGCGGUCAUCUUCUCACUCUCCACGAGGCUCAAGUCCACCCUUCUAAUAUCUUGGCUAUCAAGUCCAUACCAGUUAAACACUUUCGUACUGGCUCAACAUCCCUAGCGUGGUUUUUCAGCAAUGGGGCCUGGGCACAGGGCGAGAUGGACGGAUACUGCAUCUGGUACGCUCCUAAUGGCUCCUGGUUUGUGGUCAACAUCCAUUGUCCCGUGCAGGUUAUUGGCAUAGGGACUGCACCGUAUUAUGAGGUCUCUUGGUCUGAGUGGGGUAAGGAGACGUUUUUCAAACCUGUUGAUGAGCCCCACAUGUCUUUUGACUUUCCACGGUCUCUUGGAUAUGAUAUUCAAAUUAAGCCUCGGAGUGGGCAUUCCACUAUUCUUGUUGAUGUAAUCAUUAGCAAGAGUCCCUAAAAACUCCAAUGAAACGGCUUUCGGGUUUCCGAAGGCUAGCACGCUAUAUUCAGUCAUAUUUGUCAAUUAAUGUUCUUCUCUUCUCCCAUAGCUAUCACAUGAGAGCUUGCAUUUCGCUCCAAAUAAAAUCGAAGCUAUUGAUAAUUAUACAGUACCAACACAAUUCUAUCAGCUUGUGAUCUCACACAAAAUUAUAUCCCAAGCUACUUCGUUGGGCAGACCCCCGAGUACUUAUGAGUUCGUCGAGAUCUCUGUACCCUUCA